UCAAUCCGUUUGCAAACAUUACUUCUUACAAAACAGGAGAAGCAUGUAAAUCUGGUACACAUUGAGUCACGGAAGUCCAAGAGACGAAAUUCUGAGUUUGAGAUCUUUGUGGACUGUGACAGUAACAGGGAACAACUGAAUGAGAUCUUCCAGCUCCUGAAAUCCCAUGUCAACGUUGUCUCUGUGAAUCCAACAGAGCAUUUCAAUGUCCAGGAAGAUGACAUGGAGAAUGUUCCCUGGUUUCCGAAGAAGAUCUCAGAUUUGGAUAAGUGUGCAAACCGAGUGCUGAUGUACGGGUCCGAUUUGGAUGCUGACCAUCCAGGUUUCAAAGACAAUGUCUAUCGUAAGAGGAGAAAGUAUUUUGCAGACCUGGCUAUGAACUACAAACAUGGUGACCCAAUUCCCAAGAUUGAAUUUACUGAGGAGGAGAUCCAGACUUGGGGGACUGUGUACCGAGAGCUUAACAAGCUUUACCCAACUCAUGCCUGCAGAGAGUACCUUAAAAACUUACCCUUGCUCACCAAACACUGUGGGUACAGGGAAGACAAUAUCCCCCAGCUGGAAGAUGUGUCCCGCUUCCUGAAAGAGCGCACAGGUUUCACCAUUCGCCCCGUUGCUGGAUAUCUAUCGCCUAGAGACUUCUUGGCAGGAUUAGCAUUCAGAGUUUUUCACUGCACUCAAUAUGUUAGACACAGCUCAGACCCUCUCUAUACACCAGAGCCUGAUACCUGCCAUGAGCUCCUAGGCCACGUCCCUCUUUUGGCUGAACCCAGUUUUGCUCAAUUCUCCCAGGAAAUUGGUCUUGCAUCACUUGGGGCAUCAGAUGAGGCUGUCCAAAAACUGGCAACAUGCUACUUCUUUACUGUAGAGUUUGGCUUGUGCAAGCAAGAGGGACAGCUACGAGUUUAUGGGGCUGGCUUGCUCUCUUCAAUCAGUGAGCUCAAGCACUCGCUCUCUGGCAGUGCCAAAGUCAAGCCUUUUGAUCCAAAGGUCACCUGCAAGCAAGAAUGCCUCAUUACAACUUUCCAGGAGGUUUACUUUGUUUCUGAAAGUUUUGAAGAAGCAAAGGAAAAGAUGAGAGAGUUUGCAAAAACCAUCAAGCGCCCAUUUGGCGUGAAGUACAAUCCAUAUACUCAAAGCGUGCAGAUCCUGAAAGACACGAAGAGCAUUGCCAGUGUGGUGAAUGAGCUACGUCAUGAGCUGGACAUUGUCAGCGAUGCCCUCAGCAAGAUGGGCAAGCAGCUGGAAGUUUAA